AUUAUUAUGACACCAUUUUUAAUAAACCAUGAUUGUUUUUGUUCUCCUACACACCAGAGACGGGGUUUUCCUAAUACACAGAGUAAUGAAAGACUAAAAACUCUUUAAAUGGUUUUACUAGCCACAGACAAAGAACAAAUGAAUCCCCAUUAUGUUUGCUUUAUCUGUAAAUCAUUCAUGACCUAAAAACAGCCCUCUGUCCUUAUCAGCAGAAGUAAUAGAGUAACCUUCUGGUAUCCGUUCCUGUGUUUAAAGCAGAAGGUAUCUUGAGGUGGGACUGACGACCAGAGUUCAGGACUUGAAUCUUUUUAUCAGCUCAUACAACAACAGCAAACCAGCCACCAAUGAGGAACCGGAGAAGAGCAAUAAAAGCGAUAAGCUGGAAAUGGUUCAAUUGAUCGAGGCAACAUGAUCAAGCAUGUUUGCUGCCACAUCAGAAGGAACUAAAUUUUCACCAGAAGGAGGAACUUUUUAGAUAUCAAUUUUUUCAAAAAGCCAAAGAACAACGUGGUAGGAAUUUUGGAAAAGAAACGCAUGGAAUUGUUGACAAUGGAACCCCACAAAGAACUUCAGAAGUGUGUGACAUCAUAUAAAGAACUUAAAAGCAUUGGGCGAACCGAUCUCUGAGAGAAAGAAAGACUUUAGGAUUCAUAAACAGUUUAUCAUGCUGCAGGUGGACUUCAGGACACUAAUCGUGCCUGUUGGCAUUGCGCGAAUGCUGGAGGUGCUCCUAACAUGCAUCUGCUUUGCACUGGCGGCGUCAGCGGGCAUCCCAGACCACGGCUCGUCCCACUGGGCCUGGAGUAUGUUCUGCUGGUGCUUCUGCUGCUUUACCACGCUCCUCAUCCUCAUCCUGGAGUUCACCAACCUCCACACCAAAGUGCCCAUUUCCUGGGAAGACUACACCAUGGCUUUCGCGAUGCUGUCCACGCUCAUGAUGGUCACCAUUUCCAUCGUCUACCCCACGUUUUUUGCGUGCGCCUCGUGCGCCAAGGAAAUCGGUGCAUCAGCGGUCUCCUGGCUGUGUUUCGGACUCUACGCUGCUGAAGUUUGGUUCCUCUACAAGAAACCUGGUGAAAUAAGUGGCUUUCUGACCACCAUUCCUGGUCUCCUAAAGAUCCUGGAGACUUUUAUUGCGUGUCUCAUAUUCACAUCAUUGAGUCCUGAUGGAUAUAGGGGUUUUCCUGGGACGCAGUGGUGCGUUGCAGUCUACUCUAUAUGCUUCAUUUUCUCAUUGAUCAUCAUUCUCCUCACCAUCGCCAGGCUGUUGUCCGUCUUUCCAUUUUCUUUCGACUUUGUGGUGAUCAGUUUCAACAUGUUGGCUGUGGUCAUGUACGCAACCGCUGUUGUUGUCUGGCCGCUGUAUGCGUUUAAAGAUAAGCCUCGUCCUGAUGACUGUAACCACUGUGAGUGGGACGAUCUGGUGGUGGUGACCUUCAUGACUGUCUUCAAUCUCUUGGUUUACAUUGCCGAUAUGGCGUACUCGAUUAAAUUAGUGUUUUUUACGCAUCAUCAUAGUGAGGGGUGAUGCUUUGUGCAGUUUCACUAUGUGAAAGAAGACUGUUGGAUGUACUGUAUUUACUGUACACACAGUUAAAGUCAAAAUGAUUCGC